UAUAUGACAUAUGACAAAUACUCUGAAUUAAAACGUAGGUUCGAUGCGACGAGAAGCUAUACUUCUGAAUCCAUAUCAUUGGAUAAUAUCUUAAAGGCAUCAAAAAUUCACGAAUCUAUUAAAUCUAAAUAUAAAACAGUUUUUAGUGAACUCUUCAGUUAUAUGAAUCACCCUAUUAUUUAUUACCAUAAUGACAGAAUGGGGUGCUGGUAUAUUAGCUAUAUAUUAUAUAAAGAAGUAUAUAAUAUUCUUAAUCGAGUAUAUACUGAAGAAUUAUUUAAUGAUUUCAAGGAAUUUAUACUUAGAUACAACAGAUAUGAUUCUUCAGAUAAUAAUGCAUGUUUAAAUGAUAUGCUCUACGUGGAACCUCUGAUAUUUAGAAUAAUGGAUUAUUUAUAUCGACUGUAUGAACUGUAUAUUAAUUAUAAAACAAUGAAUGAACAUUUACCUAAUCCUAAUUGUAAGGACUUCCUUGCCUUUCUCUAUUUAUAUAAUAGCUUCGUAAGGACUUAUAAAUCUGGAACGACUUUUUUUAAUAAUGUAUUACAGAAUUUUCACAAAGAAAUUAAUAAUGCUGUAUUGAAUUAUCAAGCUAAAUGUACUGGUGUUACCUUUAAUGUAGAUAAUCUAAAUCUCUAUAGCCCCAUUAAACCUCCAGAAUCUGUAGUUCUGGAAUCAGUAGUAAAACACGAAAACAAUCAGAAUUAG